CCCCCUUCCCCCGCCAUGUGUCCCCUCGGCUGUCACCCCGCGGGGGUGCUGAGCAAUGGCGGGGGCGGGGCGCGCCCUUCUCCUCAGGAGUGUGGCAACACCACCGGCAACUUUCUCGCUUCCUUCCUUCUUCCCUCGCCGCCGCCCGCUGCGCCCGGAGCCGGGGUCCCACCGGAGCCGGGGUCCCACCGGAGCCGGGGGCGUCACAGCAGCCGGGGGUGCCACCAGAACCGGGGGUGCCACCAGAGCCGGGGUGCCACCGGAGCCGGGGGUCCCGCAGGAGCCGGGGGUCGCAGCGGAGCCGGGGUCUCAGCAGAAGCCGGGGGUCGCACCGCAGCCGGGGGUGUCACGGGAGCCGGGGGUCCCAUGGGUGAGCGCUGCCCGGGGACCCCGCGCACGGCCCGCAGGGGGCACGGAGCGCCGGGCACGGCCGGUGCCCCCGGGAGGGGUCCCCGCGGCUCGGGGGGCGCGGGCAGGGGGCGCGGGGGUCUCCGGGCGGCCGCCCUCAGCCUCGCCCUCCUCUUCCUCCGCGCAGAGGCCGAAGGCUCUGCCCUCUGCCGCGCGCCCGCGCUGCAGACCACGGUGUUCCGGUACCGGCUGUGGGACGUGAACCAGCGCUCGCUGUACCUGCGCGGGGGGCAGCUGCUGGCCGGGCACCUGCAGGGCGCCAACGCCGCGCUGGAAGAGAAGGUGUUCUGGGUGCCCAACCGCGCCCUGGAGCCCGCGCGGCUGCCGGUGAUCCUGAGCGUGCGGAGCGGCUCCCGCUGCCUGCGCACCGAGCGCGGCCCCGGCGGGGACCCGCGGCUGCGCCUGCAGGACGUGGACAUCCGGGAGCUGCCCCGCGCCGGUGACAGCGCUGUCGCCUUCACCUUCUUCCGCUCCUACCGGGACGGGCUGUGGCGCUUCGAGUCGGCCGCGCACCCCGGCUGGUUCCUGUGCACGUCCCCGCGCGGCCACCAGCCCCUGGCGCUCUGUCGCCACCGCGAUGUCACCUCCCAGCUGCUCGACUUCUACUUCCAGCUCUGCUGAGCGCCCCCGGGCCCCGCGCGGCGACAGCCGAGCCCCAGGGUGGUGGCAUCUUCCUGGGGAGGGUGGCAUCACCCCAGGGUGGCGACAUCCUCAUCCCAGCACGGUGACAUCCCCCUGGGGACGGUGGCAUUCCCCUCAGCACGGUGACAUCCUCACCACAGGGUGGUGGCACCUUCCUGGGGAGGGUGGCAUCACGCCCAGGGUGGCGACAUCCUCGCGCAGGGAGGGUGACAUCCUCGCUCCUCGGUGACAUCUUCCCCAGGACGGUGACAUCCAGCCGGGACCGCGCCAUCCCCCUGGGGACAGCGACAUCCCUCCCCCGGGGUGGUGCCACCCUCCUGGGGACAGUGCCAUCCCCUCGGGGACAGCGACAUCCGCCCCGGACGCCGGUGCGGGA